AUGCCUCUGAGGGGCGAGCGGCAGGGAAGGACUCGCAUCUCCCCAUCCCUGCUCGACUCCGACGCAUUUCCCAUCGAGAAGGCAUACAUGGAAGGCGAGCCGUAUCGCCCAAACUCGGAGGUCGAGAAACCAUUCUCCGAAUCACAGCAGCAGAAGAACCUCUGCACCACGUCAGAAUGCCCAGAAGCCGGGACUGGGUCCCUGCGACAGAUAGAAGAGGAACUUCACGGGAGGCGAGGAAUGGGAUUUACCAUCGGAGCAUCUAUUCUCUCUCGGAGGCUCGAGUUUGGCAGAGAUUUUGGCCCAGACGGCCUUGCGAAUCUACUCUUGGCUGUUCUGUAUGUGAUCAUUGCGGACGUAGCGCCGAAGGGGACGGUACAGAAACGUCCAGAGGCGACACGGAUGGAGAUGAGAUCGACGCCGCUGAGGGGCGGGCAGCCGGCGAAGACUCAUAUCUCUUCCUUCCAGUAUGACUCAGACGCAAUUCCCAUCAAGGAGGCAUACGUGGAAGGUGGGUCGUAUCGCGCGAAGCCAGAGGUCGAGAAACCAUUUACUGAAUCACAGCAGCAGAAGAAGAACCUAUGCAGGAAGUCAGAAUGCUCAGAAGCCGCCAAGGAGCUGCUGGACGCGAUGGAUCUGACCGUGGAUCCCUGCGAGGACUUCUAUAUGUACGCCUGCGGGAACUGGAUUAAAAAGAACCCCAUCCCACUCAAUUCCGACUACGUGACCGUUUACAGCAGACUCCAGGACCAAUUCGACCGGAGAGUCCAAGAUAUCCUGAAAGCGGAUCUCUCAGCGGACGACAGCGAUUCUGUGCGGGACGCGAAGAACGUGUACGCCGCUUGUGUCGACACCGCAACACUGGAGUCUCUGGGUCUGACACCCCUCACCUCUUUCAUGGCGGACUACGGCGGCUGGCCGAUGACGCUGGACGAAUGGAAGGAGGAGGACUUCGACUGGCAGGAGACGAUGGCCGCCUGGAUCCGGGAAGCCUCGCUCAAAACGCUCGUCGCGGCCUCGGUGGAGCCGGAUAUGAGCAACAUCGACAGGAACGUUCUCUACGUGAGUCUCGGGUCUCCACGUUUUCUUAGGAUUUCGGGGCGAACGCCCGUUUCUUGCACGUUUGGAGGUCGUGCGUUCGCUUCGCCAUCCCAUCAGCUGAAAAUGGCGGAAUCCAAAUGGGACACGCUUCUGUACCCCACGCAUCACGAGACGCUCGACGCCUAUGGGGACUUGAUGAAGGGGGUGGCGAAGCUGGUCCGGGACUCGCUCGGCUCCUCGGUCGCGGACGCCUCGAUCGAUCGACAGGCGGAGGAAGUCGUCGACUUCGAGGUCGCCCUCGCCAAGCGUCGGGCGUCGCGGGCGGACGUCACAUUGCACGACAGCAGGACCCGGGACGAAGAACACUCGACGGCCUUCCCAGCCUCCAGUCUCGGGAGAACGGUCGGCGGGGAGCCAUCCAGCGGGGAGCCAUCCAGCGGGGAGCCAUCAAGCGGCUCGGAGCUGAACGACGGCUCCUGCCCCGCGAGGGACUUCCUCUCCUACCUGGCCGGACUCUCCAGCCGGACUCCAGAGAGCACAGAGGAGGCAUCCAGCGGUCCGGAUCUCACGACUCAGGUAGCGAUUCGGUCUUCCGUCUCGAAGGAGUGGAAUGCGAUGCCUUUCCAGACAUUCGAUGGAGCCAGGCUAAGAAUCAUCGUCCGCGGACUACACAUGAUAGUGCCGGACGAGGACAGGCCGAAUCACACGGAGCCAUACGACAAGCUGAGCCUGGCGGAUCUCCAAGCUGCGACUGACGUCUCGUGGAGGGAUUUCUUGAGCUCUUUGUUCUCGAGUGUGAACGUGACUUGGAGCGACGACGACGAGGUCGUCUCCUCGGGCUCCUUCGCCGACAUGGCCGCCCUCCUCAAACGAAUUCCAAAGAGGACGAUCGCUAACUAUCUGCACUGGCGACUGGUGUUCGCUUUGGGCGACGAGACGAACCAGGCCGUGCGGGAUCUCUUCGUCCGAUUCUGGCGACGCGUCAUGGGGGUCGAGCAGCUAACAACGAGGGAGGACAUGUGCACGGCUUUUGUGAAAGACAGGAUGGGGAUGGCCGUCGGGAGCGUCUACGCAUCCAACUUCCUACCACCCACUGCCAAGCAGGAGGUAGAGUCGAUAUUUACAGACCUGAAGGCGGCGUUCGACGGGAUCCUGGACUCGAUCGACUGGAUGGACGCGGCGACGCGGCGGAAGGCGAAGGAGAAGAACGAUGCCAUUCGGGCCUUCAUCGGAUACCCCGAUUUCAUCCUCAAUCCAAAAGCCCUCGCCGAGUAUUAUGCUGCGAUUGAGGUGAAUAAGGGGACUCAUAUGAGAAACGCAAUUAGCCUGCUCGGGUGGUCGUGGAGGCGACAGGCGGCCGGCGUGAACAAGCCGGUGGACCGAGACGCCUGGAUCAUCCCCCCGACCGUCGUCGACGCCUUCUACUAUUCCAGCACGAACUCCAUCGUCAUCCCGGCGGGGAUCCUGCAGAGUCCGUUCUACCAGAAGGGGAGGCUCGCGGCCAUGAACUACGGCGGGAUCGGGAUGGUCAUCGGGCACGAGAUCACGCACGGGCACGAUGAAUGUCCGAUUUCUUCAAACCCAAUGAACGUCGAAGAUCCUCAUGCCUCCACACAUAUUGGCAGGUUCGAUCGCGACGGUGGCCUGUUCGAUGCUCGUGGGAACCGGGUCGACUGGUGGACGGAGGCGACGCGCCUGGCCUUCUCGGAACGGGCGCAGUGCUUCGUCGAGCAGUACGGCGGCUACGGGGUCCUCGAGCUCGCGGAGUUCCUGGAAGACCCGCACGUCGACGGUCGGUUGACCCUGAGAGAGAACAUAGCGGACAACGGAGGUUUGAGUGAGACCUGGUCCGCCUACCUCAGCUACGUCGACCGGAACGGAACGGAACCCUUCCUCCCUGGUCUCGAGUUCCUCACGCCUGAGCAGCUCGUCUUUGUCGCCUUCGCCCAAAACUCGUGCGGUCACAGCAAGGAGGAGUAUCUGCUGAACACAGGUCUGAGAGACCCGCACAGUCCACCCAAGUACAGGGUCCGCGGAGCCCUUAGCAACAACGCCGCAUUCGCCACGGCCUUCGGGUGCUCAGCAGACAAGCCCAUGUUCAAUGGGGACGCCAGCUGCGUCAUGUGACUCCUGGCUGUUCUCCUCUUCCUGGUUCUUGCGGAGGCAGCGCAGAAGGAGGCAGCCACGAAAAGUUCGGAGGCGACACGGAUGGAGAUGAGAUCGACGCCGCUGAAGGACGGAAAGCUGGAAAAGCCUCACAUCCCCCUUUUCCUGCUCGACUCCAACGGAAUUCCCAACAGGAAUGCAUUCGUGGAAGGCAGGCCGUAGCGCGUGAAGCCGGAGGUCGAGAAACCAUUUACUGAAUCAUAGCAGCAGAAGAACCUUAGCAGGAAGCCAGAAUGUUCAGAAGCCGGUGUUAAUUACUUUCUGAAUCCGUGGAAUUUAGUCAUGUCAAUCAUUAAACUCGG